CAAGCAUUUGUUGAGACUUGAGAUCAAAGAUCAUGUCUUUAAGUCCGAGAGAUCCACUUGUGCUUGCAAGAGUUGUGGGUGAUGUUGUUGAUCCUUUCAUGAGAUUGAUCUCUCUUAGGGUCAAUUAUGGCCAAAGACAGGUUACUAAUGGUUUGGAUCUAAGGACUUCUCAAGUUCUUAAUAAACCAACGGUCGAGAUCGGAGGAGAUGACCUCAGAAAUUUCUACACUUUGGUUAUGGUGGAUCCAGAUGUGCCAAGUCCAAGCAACCCUUACCUCCGAGAAUAUCUCCAUUGGUUGGUGACUGAUAUACCUGCCACAACUGGAACCGCUUUUGGCAAUGAGUUGGUGCACUAUGAGAACCCAUGUCCCACUUCAGGAAUUCACCGAGUAGCCUUGAUGUUGUUCCGGCAACUUGGAAGACAAACGGUUUAUGCACCUGAGUGGCGCCAACGCUUCAAUACUCGUGAGUUCGCUGAGAACUAUAAUCUUGGUUUACCCGUUGCUGCCGUUUUCUUCAACUGUCAGAGAGAGAAUGGCUGCGGAGGAAGAAGAACAUAGAUAUCCAUGCCUCCGUCCUCUUAAGUAAUCCAUUUGUGUACUG